AUGAGUGACGACGGGAACAGAGUCAUAGCAGAGGACGGGGAUAAGGUCUCCAUCCACUACACGGGCUGGCUCCACGAUCCGAAAAGCGCCGAUAAGAAGGGCAAGCAGAAUGAUGCCUAUGGCACUGAGCGGAAGGGCAAAAUUCCACCAAACUCUAGGCUCAUCUUUGAUAUCGAGGUCACGGAGGUCACCAAGGGGAAGAAGUGA